GAUCAUUUCCUCCAAAACACGAGGUGGCGCUGUUGUGUCCGUGUGGCACAAACACAGACGGAACAGACGGGCCCGUGCAGCACAACAGCGAAACCUGCUGCUCUUUUUUUUAUGUUUUAUCACUGAAAAGAGGGGGAGGUGGACUGUACACGAUGGCAUUUUUACGAAAAGAAAAUACAUCGUGAGACAUCGUGAUGCUCAACCACACUCCUCCAACCAGCACACAGUGAAAAGUUAUAAAGUAAUCCCCAACAGCUGGAGAGACCAUGGUGGAUAAUCGCUACGCCACUGCUCUUGUGAUCGGCUCCGUGCUCAGUCUGCUGGCCACUGUGUACCUGUCUGUGGCCGUGGGGACUCAGCACUGGUACCAGUUCAACAGCCCCCCCAUCAAACACGAGGUCAGCAACGUGUCCGACGUCAAGGACGACUUCAUCAAUGGAGACUUUGACGAGAAGAGCUACAGUGAGACCAUGUUCAAGCUGAACGGGACCCUGGGGCUGUGGUGGAGGUGCAUCCAGGUGCCCGGUCCGUCCCACUGGUUCAAAGAGCCAGAUCCCAAACUGGAAACUCAGUGCGUCGGCUUCACUCUUCAGCAGCAGUUUUUCCCAAAAUAUAAACAGCCGGGGAACCACAACAGUGAAGAGGAUCUCCUAAGAACAUACCUGUGGAGGUGCCAGUUCCUGCUGCCCCUGGUGUCCCUGGCGUUAGUGUUUCUCAGUGGGCUGGUGGGAGUGUGCGCCUGCCUCUGCCGCAGCUUCACCCCUACUCUGGGCGUCGGAGUCCUCCACCUUCUGGCAGGUCUGUGCUCCCUGGGCUCGGUGUGCUGCUUCCUGGCCGGUGUAGACCUCCUGCGUCAGUUCAUCAAUCCACCAGAGGGCGUCGACGGGUCCCUGGGGUGGUCCCUGUACCUCGCACUCAUCUCCUUCCCGCUGCAGAUGAUGGCUGCUGCUCUGUUUCUGUGGGCGGCCAGGAGUCAUCGCAAAAACUACACUCGUAUGACCGCUUACAGAGUGGCCUAAUACUUUAUACAACUCCACUGACUUCCAUGUCAAUAGCGAACUGAUGAUUCAAAGUUAUUGCGUUGUUUUUUUCAUACAUGGAACAAAACAUAUCAAGAAAAGUCCGUAGCCAGAAAGAGAUCUCUCAUUUUGAUAUACUCAUCUUUUGUUUAUAUUUUUUUAACCAAAGUUUUCUCUAAAUUGGAGAUUCUUAUUUUUGUGUUUGUGGAUGCCUUUGUUGUAUUUCUAAGCUGCUCACCACAUUGUCCUUAUUGUGCUGCACUGUGCUAGCUUUCCGUUUUUAACUUGGGGUAAAUUAUUUAUCUUUUAUUUGUAAUAUUUAGCCUAUUUUAUUCGCUGUGCAUGCCUUUAACUGCAUUUUUUGCCAACUGUGGUACUUGGUUUUCUGUGGUAAUAUACUAUAAAUAGUCUUGAGUAGACAGGCACCCAUUUCAGUUUUGGUACAGCAAUAUUAAUACCAAUUUGAGACACUGUUAGCGUUCUUGAUUACUGCUACAUGUGUUAAUUUAGAGUAGAGUACGAUGCAAUAUUUCCCAACUAUGGAGCUCAACAGUGCUUUAAUAACUUAACAGUUUAUAAAGUUCCCAAAACUGAUCUUAAAUAAAACUAUAGGUCUUGUGGCCAUUAGUUACCCCAUAACUGAUUAGUCUUGAGCUUUCAAACUUUUAAUAUACUUUUAUUUUAUUUCAGAAAGUCUGAGAAAUGUAUUUCAGGAACUGGGGGGUGGGUGGUCACUGUUGAGCUCCACACUGCAAGUCAAAGCUAGUUUAGGUUUUGUAAAAUUCACCUUAAAGAGAAAAGCAGUCGCCAAAACAAAGCAAUGCCUGAGCUGGAAUACACUUUUUUUAAUAUUGUUGCUUGAUUAACUUUGCAAAUGUCUUCUAUGUAUAAUUUAAUGGUAAAAAAUCUGAUAUACUCAUUAUGUUGUUCUACAUUAUAAACUAGGGUGACCAGAUUUUCAAAUAAAAAACUGGGACACACCUGGGAUGUGAUGUUUGGUAAUAAUAAAAUUGUGAACAGAACUCGUAA